AAGGUAUAAACACAAUCUUCCCUAAUUUUUUUCGUACCUAUUGAAUAAACAUUAAUUUUAGCUGGUACAUAGACGACGUCGUUUCUUCUGGAUCCCUUGAAGUUCAAGUCCUAUACAUACAGGCAGAAAAGAGUUUCACUUGUUCAUAGAGGAAAAUCUAAUACAAGAAAAUGGCAGGGAGAUUGAGCAAUGUAGCAUCAAGGAUCAUGGGCGGAAGCGGAGUUGUUUCUCGUUCCGUGGCUUCUUCUCUUCCUCUUCGCUCCGGCAUGGGCCUCCCCGUUGGCAAACACAUCGUCCCCAACAAACCACUUCCUGUAAAUGACGAGCUGAUUUGGGACAACGGGACUCCAUUCCCCGAACCCUGUAUAGAUCGCAUUGCUGAAACUGUGGGAAAGUAUGAAGCAUUAGCUUGGAUGUGUGGAGGUUUGAGCUUUUUUGCGUCCCUUGGACUGUUGGCCGUGUGGAAUGAUAAAGCCUCUAAGAUACCGUUUACACCUAGGGUCUAUCCAUAUGACAACCUGCGAGUGGAGCUUGGUGGAGAACCUUAGUUAGAAUGAUCUUGUAUGCCUUAAUAUCUUCCAAUCAAAUUGGCUCUCUAACAAGAUGCCCAACACACCAUUGGAAGGGGAGUGUCAAUUCGGGAAGAGCACAAUGGAUAUCGUUACCCAUCUGGUUAUGGCUGAAUAUCACAUAUGGAGUGUCAUCUAUGUGGCUUUGCACUUUGGGAAUAGGCAGUUGAUUAAUACUCAUGAAAUUUGUUUUUAUUUUUAUUUUUUGCUUGUAGACUGGAGUCAAUUGGAAUGUAGACAUGGCCUUUUAAAGCUAGAAUCAAAUAUGAAACUAGAAAAGCACAAUAUGUCAAGAAAA